GAAAUGCCCGCGGUCGGGAAACGUCGGAGGAUUAGAAUCUCCGACCGGCGAGUGAUGCAGGGGUGCAAUGCAGAUACCAUUAAGCGACAUGGCUUGCAGUCUAGACGUUGCAUACUCGGGAGGUGGGCCGCCUCCUGAGCUAUGCGAAUGUGCAUUGAAAACUGCGCAGACCUCCCUUUUGACUUGAAAGAGUGCCAGGGAAGUGCACGUGUAUCAAAAAUUUGCAAAGUAACUUGGAGCUUUAGGUGGCGAGCUUGGUGUGAAGCCCGGCGUCCAUUUUAGCGUGGGGGCGUGACCCCACACCACACCGGCGUGUGAAGUCUUACUGUAACCUGGGCUACUUCAACUUUGUGGAGGUUCCUUAAGACGGCUCGCGUGUACACGUGAGCUGGCGAUUGGGACGUGGGAACGCCCGGUGGGGGGUUUCCGCUGCGGGCUGCAUGGGACCAAACCGCAGGCUAGUAGUAUGAGGCAGGGGUGGUCCGCUAGCAAGAGAACCAAAACAAAAUUGAUCUUCAUAUACACGCGUAUAUGUUUCCUGCGGUGUAGCGCUGCCCUCCGUAGCAAUCGACGGUGUUGGCGAAAACGGUCUCAGCUUCAACCUAUUCCGCCACGUCGCAGCGCUGUGCGAUACAAAGCGCUAGAUUGUACUAGAGCUAUACAAACAAAUUGUAAACCAGAGUAGGACGACUCAGCCGUCGAGAGUGCAAUAGACAACAGACAACCCCAGGGCGGGCCUUGAGGGAAGAAUGAUAGCGCUUUCGGAGGCUGGUGUCGAUGUUGCUGGAGCAAGCUCACACUCACACCAAAACGACGACGCUUCAACGAGCGGAGCGAGCCCCGCAUGCGCGAAUGCGGAGCGCUCUUCGCGCCAGCCCUCGCGGGGACGCACUUUCCAACUGUCGAAUAUUGUCAGUGCUGCAAGGAAGUCCUUUGAGCUGCAGCCGCGGCAAGAAGAGGGAGCGAAAAGGGAGGCGGACCCGCCCCCAACCAUGAAGCGGUACUACACACAGGCCCUGUGGUUGGACCAUCAAGCCGGCAUGCAUGUUGCCCAUGCACCGCCGGCCACGAUGAUGGACCCUCCGCUGCCGCCAGAGAGUGAGGAGGACGAGCACGAAUACGUGGAGCACGUUGACGUCAAGGCCAUCAGCCUGGAGGGUCUGCGCCUGUUCAUCAAGCAGCACAACAUCUCGCCGACCAUGACCACGGCGCAAGUGGUGCGCUCCAUCGUCAUCCCCGCCACCAUGGGCCGCCAGGGCACGGAGGCGCUUAUCGACUGCGACGCGUGGAGCCGCUUCAUGCUUCCAUCCAUGGACUCGGCGGAAGCGGCCACCGCGCGCAAGGCUGCGGGCCAGCUGCCGGCCUACACGCGCAUGCCGCGCACGCGGCCCAUCACGGGGCUCAAGCGCCGCGCGCCCUACUAUUACGUGGUGCACGCCUGGAGCCGGCCCUUUCUGGAGACCGUGGGCAUGAUUGAAGCGCACUUCAAGGGGCGGCCGGCGGAGCACACGUACGUGUGGCUGGACAUGUUUGCGGUGCCGCAGGUGUCGCCCGACCACAGCGGGUUCCUGCACGAGAUCCAGCGCGCCAUUUGGUACGCAACCAGCACGCUAGCGUGCAUCGACACGGCCGGCACCAUCCUGGGCCGGCUGUGGUGCUGCUACGAGAUGUUCUACACGCUCAUCUCCAAGCAGUGCGCACACGCGCUGAUCGCGCUCACGCCCGUGCCGCUGAGCGCCACCCAGCGCACAGCGUUGUACCGCAAGAUCGACAGCGCCAAGGCGCAAUGCAGCGUGAAGGAGGACAAGAAGAAGCUCAAGGAGCACGUGGAGGGAUACACGCGGCGCGGCUUCCCCGCCAUCAACAACUACCUGCGCAGCGGCCUGCUGCUGCCGCCCUUCGACCACGAGGCCGUGUACCUGCCGCAAGCCGCGUUCGAGAAGACGGAGGUGGGGUUAUGCUUCUGCCUGCCGUUCCUGUCGGAGCCGUCCAAGCCGCCAUCGCCGCCGCCGCCGCCCGAGCAUGUGGCGCACGUGCCAAUCGUGCCCGAGCCGUCCGUGCGCAAGGGCAUGGCCGGCUGCGGCGCCGGGACUAACGGCGCGCACGCCCUGGCGUUCACUGAGGCGCCGCUGCGGCUGGUGCUGGGCGCCUGCAACAUCCCACACCCACAGAAGACCAAGACGGGCGGCGAGGAUGCGUACUUCCUGUCGGCGGCGGGGCGCGGCGCCAUGGGGGUGGCAGACGGCGUGGGCAGCUGGAGCGCCGACGACGGCGUGGACCCUGCCAACUACAGCCGCGACCUCAUGCGCGCGGCCGCCUACAGCAUCGAGGCCUCGGGCGCCAAAGUGUGCGCGCGCCUGGCACUGGCGGACGCGCACCUGACGGUCAAGCACGCGGGCAGCAGCACCAGCAUGGUGGCGCUGCUGCCGCCCGACAGCAAUGUGCUGCAGGUGAUCAACUUGGGCGACAGCGGUCUGCGCCUGAUCCGCAACGGGCGGCUAGCGAUGGCCACGCGGCCGCAGGCGCACGCGCACAACAUGCCCUACCAGCUCGCCUGCCCCGACGAGCCGGUGUGCGACACAGACUGCACCGUGCAGGGCGACCUGUACAACAUCCACCUGGAGGCGGGUGACAUCCUGAUCAUGGCCACUGACGGCCUGUUCGACAACCUGUGGCCCGAGGCCAUGUUGGAGAUCGUGGACAAGAUCAUGAGCUCACCGCUGGAUGACGAGGAUCUGACCCCAGGUGGGAUGGCCGAGGACGCGGCCGCCUGCUGCAUGGUUAGCCCAACGUCACCCAACCUCAAGGCUCUUACCGGCGCCAAGCCCGGCGCCGAUGGCCGCGCGCCCGUGAUCAGCCCCACCGUCACCAUCACCACCACGGGCCAGACGCCGAGCGGCAAGCAGCCGAGCCGGCUAGGCCUGUCAAACUCACACUGCGGCUCGGGUUCCAGUUCGGACGCCGUGACGGACACGGACGCCGAGGUGACCGCCACCGACACGGACAUGACCGCCACCACCACCGCGGGCGCCGCAACACUCACGGCGGCGCACGCAGCCGUGCACGCCACGCUCAGCACGGAACCACACGGCAUCGUGUCGGGCGCCUCGGCCUUCGCCUCGCCGUCCAAGCGUGGGCAGCUGUCCUUGUUGGGCAGCGGCCGCAUCGGGCCGCUGCCCAACGAGGAGAACGACGGCACCGGCAAGCACGCACCCGUGGCGGGUGACGAGGGAGAGACGGUCCGUGCCGACGCGUCCACCAACCCGCUGCCUCCCACCGUGGAGAGCGCACGGGCCGCGCACAUCGCUCGCGCUCUGGCGCGCACUGCCGCUGCGAACAUGCUCCGCCGCGACCUUCGCACACCCUUCGCAGUGGAGCUCUCGAAGCAGCCCCACGCGUCGGCGGAAUUCCGUGCCAACCCCCGUGGCGGCAAGCCCGACGACACCACCGUGUUGGUGGCGGUGGUGGUGGAGUCGGACGUGCAGUCGCUGGCGGCAGUGCAACAGGCGUGCUACCGGGCCUAUCUGACAGUGAACAACAUCGACACCGCCAGUCGGCCAAUUGGCAGCAACUCUGUGCUGCCGCGCGUGUCGAUGCGCAACGGCGUGGCUUAAUGCACGCCGUCCACCGUGGCGACUGCCGGCCGCGGUUGUACAACCUAUAAAAGAGUUUCCUUGCGCGCUGCUGAGCGGCGGUUGCUGUUAAGGUGUUGCGUGUCGGUUGGACUGCAGGACGUUUGCAGACUAAUGUGCGUGCGGGUUGCAUGCGCAGGCCUACGCCGCUGCCGCGUGUGAGCGUCUUUGGCGGGAGGGAUAAGUUUGUCUCUCUUACUGCUGGUAGGCUGGAUAGACGCUUGCAUGCGGAGACGGAAGAAGGAAGCAGGUAUGCUCGGCUGGGGUCCAUAAAGGCAGUUUCCUUGGGUGCCGUGGACGUACGCUGAUGUGCUGGCAGACUAAGAGGGUUGAGGGGAAGCUAGGAGCGCAGUCAGUGGGCAUGAAGUUUUGCUUCAGCACGUAAGGCAUUCAGAUGUAUGAUGACAUGCACAGCUCACCCACCGCCUGGGUACUGAUCUUUGACAGCGCGUGAAGCACUGAACCUGCAUGUCUCGUUGUUUGUUUUGUUUUGUGUACGCCACGUUGGCGAGAGCCACGGAUGGCCCUAAUACACCAUGGGGGCAUGUCGCACCCGUGGAGGGCACUGUAUCCGUCUGUCUGCAUCAGUUUGUUGCGGUUUGGUUGGUUUGAGGUUUGUCACUGGCGUCUGGGCCGGCACGCAAGCACAGUAAUUAAUUCGUCAGGCGCCGCGCUGGGCAUAGAACGUGAAGUCGUUAGCUUGACUUGAACGCGUGAAGUGCAAUCAGGGAGUGCGCCACGAAUUGUGAAGCAGUUAAAACGGCACUUGAAUUGCAGCGUUUCGCGAGUGUGUGUAUACGUGUGCAGAAGUGUGACGGCUGGCCAUGCAGAGCUGCAUGGGAGCCGUUGAAUGACACCCGCAUUUGGUUAGGAGUCAAUAACAAGAGCGGGCAAACAGCGAGAUGAAGGCAAGAGGGCACUAAUAUGCAUGACUGCAUGUAAGUUUGGCGCCCAGGUAGAGCAGGCGUACACAUGUAAUGCAAUAAGCGUGGCUCGUGGACCAAACACAUUGUUGCUUCGUGGGAAAACGUGGCAAUGGUGAGAGAGCCUCGACUGCCCUCGGUCUGCUGGACACCGUCCGCUGGCGAAGGCGGACUGUAGCACAGUCACGGCACGAGUCAAGGAUAUCUUCUUCGGGCCUGUGCUACAUGCAUUCAGCGCUGUGCCUAAGCCAGAUGCGCGUGACAGCCUUGGCGCUGGACUCUGUGCAGCAUCCCUGUGUUCCGUGGUGUGACACGCAUCAGAGUUCAGAGUACACGGUGUGCGGCCUGGAGGGCAUUCAUGCAAACAUGCCAUUCGAGUUCUAGGAUCCU